AUGGCGAGCGUGGACUGUCCGGGAAAAGAAGGUGUGGGGGGCAGGAGGAAGAAUCUGGCCCUGCUGAGGAACAAGCUGUACAUGGGGGAGAGAAGGAGGACAGAGCCCGUGGUGGAGAGCACAGCCGCGGCCGGGGACCAUGGCACCUUGAGGAGGAGUCAGUCCGACAGGACAGAGUACAGCCAGAAACUGCAAGAAAAAAUGUCCCCGCAGGCAGGGUCCUCAACCCUUGCCACUUUGCCACAGGAGGAUGAGCAAGUCAGCAGACGCAUGAUGGCCAAGAGGGUGAAAAUCAUUGCAGAACUCCUGCAGACGGAGAAAGACUAUAUUAGCGACCUGGAUCUCUGCAUCAAGGAAGUGAUUCAGCCCCUGAGAGACAAGCAGAUUGCUCGCUUUGACGUGGAUGGCUUGUUUAGCAACAUUGAAUCAGUCCAUCAAGUAUCAGCCAAACUACUGUCGUUGUUGGAAGAAGCCACGACAGAUGUGGAAUCACCCAUGCAAAUAAUUGGGGAAGUAUUCUUGCAGAUUAAAGACACACUAGAAGACACAUAUAAAAUCUACUGCUAUCGCCAUGAUGAUGCACACACCAUGCUGGAAUCCUAUGAAAAGGAUGAAGAAUUGAAGCAGCAUUUAAGACACUGUGUACAGUCCUUAAAAAAGAUAUAUGAGGAACAGGGAAAGCCAAAUCUAAUGGACAUGGGAUCCCUGAUGAUCAAACCAGUGCAACGAGUGAUGAAAUAUCCCUUGUUACUCUGUGAACUCUUGAAUUCAACUCCUUCUUCUCACCCUGACCACAAGGUGCUACAAGAUGCCCUUUUUGCUAUGAAAAACAUUAAUGUUAACAUAAAUGAACUUAAAAGGAGGAAAGACUUAGUGCUGAAGUAUAAGAAGAAUGAUGAUGAUGAAACCCUUAAAGAAAAGUUUUCCCGACUGAAUAUCCACUCCAUUAGCAAGAAAUCCAAGAGGGUCACCAGCCAUCUGAAAAUACUGACAGGGGGAGAACCUCAGGUGAAAGAUCAAACUUUUAAUAAGGAAGAAAAGUUGUUUCGAAGUUUAGAGAAGACUGUGAAAUUGUGUGUGAAGAACAUUGCACUAUCCUCACAACACCUACAGGAUUCCAUACAUCUGUCUGCACAGAAUAUAACUGGGCUUCAGGAAAUCUUGCAAGACAUAGAUGAAGUCAAUGACUGUUUGAAAAAAAGGAACAACACUGCAAAUCUCUGUGAAGACCUUAUGGCUCAGCUGGACAGGCUUGUUUUGACUCCUCUCUCAGCACUACAAGCCUUGUUUUCAGGCCCACAGAAGCUCAUCCAGAAGCGUUAUGACAAGUUGUUGGACUACAACAGCUACCUUCAGAAGUCAUCAGGAGAAGAGCUUGACCUGGCAAAGAAAGACUAUGAGGCUCUAAAUGCACAAUUAGUGGAAGAACUUCAGGUAUUCAACAGAGCAGCCAAAAAGAUUGUGUUGAACUGCCUGCAAUGCUUCAUCACCCUUCUCAGGAAUAUUACGUCUGCAGUACUUCAAUCAAAUUCUGCUGUGGUGGUACCUGUUCCACUGUCUUCCUCAAGCAUUUGUGAAGUGCAGAAUCAGUUGAUGGAGGAGGUUCACAAGCUGAAUUUUGUGAAAGAAAACACUAGUGCAACCUUUAUUGAGAGAAAACUGAGCUUGGAAAAAAAGAAAUCUGUCCCUUCUCCACUCGAAUCCCCACGCCAAACAGAAGACCAGAGGUCCAAGCUGGUGUCUGUGUACAGCACAGAACUGCUAUACCAAGCUAAGCGCAAGUGCAAUGCCACACAGGAAUUUGAUAUUGAUUUACAUGAAGGAGAACUGGUGGCUGCUGUGGAGCAGAAGGACCCCUUUGGAAGUACUAGCAGAUGGCUUGUUGACACAGGAAUCCUUAAAGGGUAUGUGUAUUCCUCCUUCCUGAGGCCUUACAAUCCAGCCAAAACACAGAAGGACAUAGCAGAAAACGGCUUCGGUGAUGAUGAUUUUGAUAAUAUCAGCCUCUUUGUCUCUUCACGGCCUUCUACUGACAGCAGCACAAGAAGUCGGGGGCACAAGAAGAGUGACGGCAGCUCAUCACUUUACUUCUGUGAAAAUCCCACAACUAAUGGCACAGCAACUGAUGCUUUUCAGGAUAUGGAUGAUCAGCAAACCUUCUAUGCUGUUUACGCAUUUCAAGCCAGAAAUGAUCAAGAACUCAGUCUUCAGGAGUACCAGAAGGUUAGGAUACUUCGGUUUUCUGACCUGAGUGGCAAUAAAGAAUGGUGGCUAGCAGAAGCAAAAGGCCAGAAAGGUUAUGUUCCAUCUAAUUUUCUUGGGAAGAUGACCUAUGCUUAGGAACAGAAAGGCCCAUUGAACCAGUUUUCUCUGAAGGAGACAGAAUAAUCACCUAUUAUGGUUUGCAGCAAACAAAGCAAACUCAAAAGCGAUUGACAGAAGCCAUGGUAUCUGCUACAGCACAGAUGAUAUUGAGAACUUCCAUUCUCCAAACACUAUCACCUUGUCAAGACCUAAGGGAGGAAACAUUUAACAGGAAGACUGAUUCUAAUUAACAUCCUGGAGAACUUGCUUUUCCUAUGACCCUGUAAUUUUCUCUUUUGUCAAAGGAUCCUACGUCAAAAUUCAACAUACAAGUACAAAUCACAGCUAAAAUUAUAUUUUUCUUCUAAAGAUAUUUAUCAAAUAUAAUUCAAGAUGAAGAGAAUUAGCCUUGAAAAAGGCAUCUUCAGGGAUCUAGUUCAGGCUGAAUUGUUUCUGAACUCCUAUCUCAAUGAAUGUAGACACAUCCUAAAAAUUGGGCUUUUUGGUUGUCUUUAAAGUUUUUAUCCUCAGACAUUUUUGUAAUGAAGCCUCUUCUCAGAGAAUAUUGGAGGGAGAAAAGAAACGGUUUUUUUUGGUAGAGAACAUUUCAGCUUAAAACAUACCAAAUUUGGUGGUACCAGUGGCUGGUCUCAGGGAAGAAGGCAUAUUUAGUUAUAUAUGGAAAUAGAGUGAGGGAAAGAGGGGGCACAAGA